GGCUGAGGGCAAAGGUUGUGCUGUGCUCCUCAGCAGGGCCCUGCAGCCAUGCUGUUCCCGGAAGGAAGGGCUGGCACUGCUCUGGGAAAAGGAGGAUAACAUUCUGCUCACCCCCAGAGCUGGGCGGCAUUCCUGAUUGCCAGCAGCUCUGGGUAAGAAAGCUGCCAUGAGGAGUUUUGAGGAACAGACAGCAUGCAUUGUGGAAGCCUUAUUUGAUGAUCUCCUAAAUGAAGAUGGAGCCCAUUUCCGAAGCCUGCAGACAGACUCGGGAGGGUCUGUGCAGAGUGAGGAAGAGCCAAGUGAUUUUGACCCAGUUAUUAUUGCCAGUCGUUUGCGGCAGAUCGGCGAUCAGUGCAACAUGGACUUUGAAAGGAUUUCCUCGCAGAUUCUUCGUGAUGUACUCAUGGGGAAGGUGGAGAAAUUUGGAGCUGCUGUGGAUUCUCUCUGCAAAAGAUGGAGUGACCAGAACCCUGAGCUGGUCUAUGAGAGAGCUUUUCUCUCUGUUUCUGUGAAGCUGAUGAUGUUUAUUCUUAAGAAAGGAGCAGCUAAUUUCAAUCCUGGUCACCUCGUAAAAGCAAUUAAUGAAAAUACUCAAGUGAAAAACUACAUUGAGGCCCGUGGAGGAUGGGAGAAGCUGGACAACUGAGAAGGGCUGCACCACCUUCCAGAACGUGAGGCUGGGACUUUCACUGAUAUACACAAUGUGUAAAGAAAUUCUAUAUCACUACAAAUAAACAGUAAUAAAUGUU